GUCUGAGGUGGAGGCCGAGGGAGGCGGCGGCAGCGGCGGCGGCGGCGGCGGAGGGGGGAAGAUGGCGGCGCCCGUCCUGCUGAGAGUGUCGGUGCCGCGGUGGGAACGGGUGGCCCGGUAUGCAGUGUGCGCCGCCGGGAUCCUGCUCUCCAUCUACGCCUACCACGUGGAGCGGGAGAAGGAGAGGGACCCGGAGCACCGGGCCCUCUGCGACCUGGGGCCCUGGGUGAAGUGCUCCGCCGCCCUGGCCUCCAGAUGGGGUCGAGGAUUUGGUCUUUUGGGUUCCAUUUUUGGAAAAGAUGGUGUAUUAAACCAGCCAAACAGUGUCUUUGGACUUAUAUUUUAUAUACUACAGUUAUUACUUGGCAUGACAGCCAGCGCAGUUGCAGCUCUGGUCCUCAUGACCUCUUCCAUCGUGUCUGUGGUGGGGUCUUUGUACCUGGCCUAUAUUCUGUACUUUGUGCUGAAGGAGUUUUGCAUCAUCAGCGUCACCACAUAUGUGCUGAACUUCAUUCUCCUCAUCAUCAAUUACAAACGACUAGUUUACUUGAAUGAGGCCUGGAAGCGACAGCUGCAGCCUAAGGAAGACUGAUGGCUGCCGGAUUUCCACCCAGCUGGCUCAAACACUUCUUUCAUUAAGUUUAUUUUGCAAGUUUUUGUUUUUUUUUUUUUUUAAUUCACAACAGACACUUUCCCUGAGAAUCUUAAACUGAUUUUUUAAAAUAUUGUAAAUUAGAAGGGGCCCUAGCUAUUUUCUGUGUCAAUCUUCAUUUUAAAUACGGAUACAAAAAAGGAUACGCCGAGCCAAUCAAAGACAAGCUUUAACUUUACCUUGAAGAUGUUUCUGAGAUAAUAAAAUGUAGCCCUAGCCCCCGGUCCUCAACCGUAAAGUGAGCAGCCAUUGCUAGUAAUUCUUUAAUGUGUAUAAAUUCAAUUUCAGGUAUAACAAAUGUGAUCAUGAACAUGAAAAUAUUUUAGAAUAGAUACUGUAUUAAAUAUUGCCAUGUUUACAAUAUGUAAUAUGUUUUUAGCCGAUGGAUUUAAACCUGUAGAUUCAAUUAGAGUCCAUUUGUGUGAUAUUUGUAAAUAAAGGUAGAAACAUUGGAUCCACCCCUGCAGAACUUACUGUACAGUUUAGUUGGAGUGUAGCAAUGAAGAAUUGUCAGCUCAUCGUGACUGAUAUGUAGUGGAAAUAGUAGAUGCAAACAACAUCUUGGGAAAAUGCUGACAGCACUGGUGCACUAUUGACAGCAGAAAUAGGGUGGUUGGUUCCCUCCCACUCUGAGAGGAAGAAACUAAACCUGAACAUCUGAGUCAAGUUUGAGUAGUCAUAAGACUUGAUGGAUUGUAACUAUAUAGGAUAUCUUGUGACCAGACCUUUAAUUCUAAGGCUCUCGGGACACUGAUCGUAGGAAAUGGAUGUAGUCAUUGGAGAAAAGCUGAAACCACUAUGGCAUUUCUGGGCAAAGCCUCUUAAACAAUAGCUGAGCUUUCAAUGCAGGUGUGUUCUCUUGAUCCUGGUGCCAGUCAGCUCAACAGUAUUAUGACUGAUACAAGCACAAACCAAGUGCUCUGAGGUCUGCCCAAAGUUUUUCCCUUCUUGUUUCUUGCACUAAGGAUUGUCAGUAGGUGUUUCAGAAUCACAUAUUGAAUUUGUAAAUCUUAGGGCUGACACGAGGACCAGUUUGCUGACUCAGAAGAAACAUAACACGUAGAAAGACCUGGAAGUGAAACGUGGAAACUUUGUCCCACUCCAGUAGCCACACAGAAGCAGUGAGAAGAACCCAGAGGUGACCUGAAUAAACCUGAUGACAUGGUGACUGUGUUUCUCUGGUUAGCAUCUUACAGGAGAUGUUAAAAGUGCCUUCUGUCUUAAAUCUCAAACCAAAUUAUUCUGUGUGUUGAACUGGGGCAGAAGUAUCCCUCCUUUCCUUCCUUACCACAAAGCAGAGAACUUGCAUUCUACCAGAAGGAUUGUGCGGCCAUUGUAUUCCUUGGGAGUUCUUUGAGAAGUGGCAGUGUUUUUGUUUAUAGUUUGGUUAAUCAUUAUGUUAAAAAUAGUCAACUAGACAGCAAAUUCUGAGAGCUUUUAUUUGCCUUCUUUUGGAGGAAGGGAACUGGCUGCUUUGUAAAGAGCAUGUGUGGUCAACAAUCAUUCAGAGGCUUCUGACCUUCAGUCAUAACUGAUGCAUCAUAGGAUUUCUGGCCGAGGCUAGGGAUAAAAUAUGAAUUAUAAUGCCCUUUUAGUAGGUUCUAACCAGUUUUAAUUUCAGCAAAGGUUGUGUUUCCCCAUGAAUGUGAACAUUUCCAUGACCGUCUUACUAUGUAUGCACUGCUGUUGUCUUCUGAAAUAGUUAAAGGACUUCUAGGAAGUACUGAAUGGUAUUUAUGGAGAACCAAGUCCUCAUGCGAGAACUGUAUAGUGAUGUCAUCUUGUAGCCCUGUGUCCCGGUCUCCCAAGGCAGUGGAAAUGGCUACCAGCUAAGACUUCUGCUACUUCCAUAUCAAGGCUGUGCUAAACAAGUCCCUUGGGUCCCAAUUCCAAAUGACCUUUUGUAUUCUUUAUCACUCAGCAGAAUGGUGUUAAAGCUUGUCUUGAGAUUACAGAUGUCUCCAACCUUUACUCAAAAAAAUGUGAGAGUGUUCCAUGCACCAGACCCUUCAAGGCUUCCCUUUGCUUUCCUAAGUCUUGGGAGUACCACCAUUAUUGAUUGUAUGAAUUUUUUGUUUGUUUGUUACAUUCCUGUGACCUAAUAGAAUGAAUACCCCUUUCUCACUGAGAGUUAACAGGUGCUGUCUGAGAUAACAGUGUUUGCUGACCAGUGUGUUCAUGCUUGCCUGUGGUCCCAUCAUUUGGGUUGUAGAAGCAGAAGGAUCAGGAAUUCAAUGUCAUCCUUGAUUACAUAGCAAAUUAGAGACCAACAUUAGCUACAGGAGACCCUAUCUUUAAAAAAAAAAAAAAAAAAAAAAAAAGCAUUUGCUAAAAUACAUGUUCUCGGUAAGUGACCCUGUUGUGUUUUAUUUGGUAGCUUUUGCCCUAAUGAAUUCAGACUUCUCUCUGUACCUUCUAUUAAACCUAGUGGAAUGGGGGAGAAAAACACUGUGUUAUAAAAACUGCUAAUAUUGUUAUGACUGUUUCUGUUUCAGACUGAAUAUUUAAACACUGAAGAAGCAGGGUUUGGCUGGGUCCGGUGACACACACUUGGGAGUCAGGGGCAGGUGGAUCUCUGAGUUUGAGGCCAGCCUUGUCUAAAUAGUGAACACAAGGAAUGCCAGGAUUACAUAGUGAAACCCUGUCUCAAAGAGCCUACCCACAGUAGUAAACACUGAAGCGUGAUUAACAAUAAUUGUGGAAGGGCAGACAAGGGGGAAAAUGAUUCCUACAGUAAUUCUGCGCUUCAUGGUUUUGAAGUAGUUCAUAACAAAUGAAGCCUCUCUUCAUAGUGAGAACAUUUGAAGGAAUAAAAGACUGUUCUGGCUAGGUAUGCUCCAGGACUGUGUUGGCUUGUGGGAGUUCUCUUGAUCCUUUCCCAUAGCUAAUUUCCCGUUAGGGGGGGUGAACUUCUGGUACAACUCAGGUUUAACUAGUUGCACUAGCUGCAUUCCAGGAAUUAUUUUUGCUUCAUAUAUGUAGCCUCUCCUUCAACUCUUUUUGUUGUUUUGUUUUAUUUUUAAAGAGACACAUGUUCUCACUCUGUGGCCUAGGCUGUCCUAGAAUCCAGUACAUAGCCCAGACUGGCCUCAGACUUGGCAUUCCUCCUGCCUUAGCCUCCCAAGUGCUAGAAUGAGUGGUUCAAAUUCAUUAUACGGAAGGAAUGUUGAAAAGCAUUGACAAUUUCCAUAUAGAUAGUUUGGGAGGCUGGAGAGGUGGUUUAGCAGUUAGGAGCACUUGUCAUUCUUGCAGAGGACCCAGGUUUGGCUCCAACCCACAUGUCCUAAGAACCAUCUACAACUCCAGUUCCAGGCGAGCCGAUGCCCUCUUCUGGCCUCUACGGGCACUGCAUGCAUAUGGUGCAUAGACAUACAUGCAGGAAAACCCCACUACACAUAUAAAAGUAUUUCAUUUGGUACAAAAGAUCCUUGUACCUAUGAGGUAAGAUAUAGGACACUAAAAAUAACAUUGUUGCAUUUUUGUUUUUAUUUAUAAUUACUUUCCAAAGUGCAGCCAGGCAUGGUACCACAUGCCUAUAAUCCCAGCACUUGGGAGGUAGAGGCAAGAGGACCAUAAGUUCAAGGGCAACUUGGGCUUUUUGAGACUUUGUCUCAAGGAAAACAAAAAUCAAAAACUGCUCAGCAAUGACUUCCUAAGCUAUAGUUGGUACCCCAGUUGAUUCUGAUGAAUACUGACAGGUGGUGGCUUUACCUUAAAAGUCAUCAGCAAAGUUCCUCACUGUCAUUUUUAGGAACUUGCUUGGAGAUAUGGAUGUCGCCUACCCCCAUGUUUUCCUCUAGUGCACACACAUCAGUGAACCCAUCCCUCUACUCCUUUUAGCAUUUGAGGCAGCACAUUUAUGAAUCCUAAUUUGUGAGAACAACCCUAUAGUCUAAAAGGGCAGAGUAAGAUUCCAGGCAACUUAGUCAAACACACACCCUCCCCUUCCCCUUUUAAACUAAUUGACCCAGAAUAGGUGAAAUGUUAAGAAGCUGUAUUGAGCAUGACCUAGAUAAUAGGUGUAUAUGACCUGUGAAGUAUGUUCCAUCUACAGUAUCACUCAUGCUUCGAAAGCUCCUAGUAAACAUUCAUGUAUAAAGGAGUUCACUGGGAAGAGUCCCUCUUUAAUAUAGAUAGGAAUAUUCUUUAUCAGAGAUCUAGGAUACCAUUUUGCUAACUGAUAAAAACAGAUGUAAAUAUGUAAGAAUGUUUAUUUGUUGCACAUAACUUUUUUGGUAUAAAAUAAAUGUAGAUGUUACCUGUGGA